AUGAACCGAACAGAUCAUUGCUCUUCUAGCAGAAGUAACAUCAAUACCACUACUCACUUGACCAUUUCUAAAUCAACAUCGAUGGAUCACUUUCUCCUCUUGCAUCAUAAGCCUCCUUCGUUGUUGUUGAAUAAAUCACAGAUGCCUCUUCCGCAACGAGCUGCUGAUCCUCUCGGAACAUCUCUGCAACCCACAACGAAUAUAUUAAUUCCAUUUACAAAAGAUUUGCAACAGAAAGAAAAUAACGAAUUUUCAAAUAAUAAUAUUAAAUGUAGUAACCCCUCCAAUGCAACCUAUCAAACACACGAUGAUGCCAAUAACCGUGAGUUAAUGGAAGAGCGUGAUGAUGAUUGGUUCCAAAUUUGUUGUGAUGGCAAAACCUUUACAACAACGAGAGCUACUUUGUUAGCUGAAAAGGAUUCCAUGUUCAGCGUCAUGUUUCAAAAGAAUUCACCAUUUCAAAAGUUUAAUAGAGAUUUGAAUCAUCCUAUGCGACCUUAUGUGGUUUUCAUUGAUCGAAAUCCUCAAUACUUUGAACCCAUUUUGAACUAUUUGAGAAGUGAUGGUGAAAUUUUGAUCAAUCCAAAUGUAAAUAUUUGUGGAGUAUUGCUUGAGGCCAAGUAUUGGGGAUUAAGCAGACUUGCUGAAGAAUUAGAGAGAAUGAUCGAACAAAUACAAGCAGAACAAGAAAAGAUAAAACGAAAAGAUGAUUCUGGUUGUGAAUUGACACGAUCUGAAAUUGUUAAGGCAUUGUUGACUUGUCCCACUGGCAAAGGAGGAUUUUUGCGAUUCCAAGGAUUGAAUUUGACUGGAAUUGAUUUGAGUGGAUUGGAUUUGAGUGCAAUUAAUUUUUCGAGAACCAUUCUAAGGAAUGCCAAUCUCUCAAAUUGCACUCUCGAUUAUGCAGAAAUGAGAGACACCGUUUUAGAAAAUUGUGACUUUACCAAUGCAAGAAUGUUCAAGGUAGUCAUCAAAAACGCCAAUUGUAAAGAUGUCAACUUUUCAGGUGCUUCAUUUCGAGGAGCCUCAAUCACAUUUUGUGACCUAUGUGGAGCAAACUUUAAAUCAGCAGAUUUAGAAAUGGCUGAUCUCUCUAAUUCGAACCUCAAGAAUGCAGAUUUAAGUGGAGCGAGUAUUAAGGGUGUUGCUCUCAAAAACUGUAUCACCACCAAUGUGAAACACACAAGUGCUAUGGGUGGAGUCAUCCAUUGA